AUGUCGUUAAAGGGUUUGAUCGGCGAUCCGCGUGAAUGCCUCCGGAUCAAUUUUUGUCCCUACGAUUACAUCCAGAUCGAACGGAUGGGGUUAGUUAUUGUUCACACCAAUAAGGGCGACGCCAUUUGUGACGACACUAUCGCCGCUAAAGGUGGCGAAAAAAUGAGCAUGAAGCAUUUCCAGCGAAUUUCGGUGCAUCCCACUUCUUCCGCCAGAGGGAUUUGUAGCUUCUCACCCGAUUCCAGUUGCUCCACCGAUGAUUAUCACCAACUCAACUCACCACCUCUCCGACGAACUUCUCCAUCGGUGAAGGAUGUGGGUGUUAAUGCUUUUCUCCAAAAUCUGACGUUUGUGACCGCAAUUGGAGAUAUUAUCUGCUCAUUUAGCAUGCAGGUCGACAAUGCAACUAACAACGACGAUGAAAACGAUGAUAGGGAAGAUGAUUAA